AUGGAUGUUGAUUCACAGCCAAUUAUGGAGGAAACAAUUUUGGUUGGUGAUGAUCUAAUGAUGGGUCCUCCAUCACCAAUAGUACCGCCGGAAAUAGCUUCGCAUGUGCUCCAAGGUGUUGAUCUAUGUGAUGGAAUUCUCAGGAAUCUAUUUUUGUGCUUGCAAAUCAAUGACAUUGAACCAUUCUGUCAAGACGAGAUUGCUCUGUAUAAACAAUGUGCUGAAAGAAGGGAUAAGGAGAUAAGGCAGCGACUUCAAAAUAGUGAAUUCAAAUUGGGUUCAUCAAUGCCUUUAGAUGCAGCCAAAGAGAGGACUACUCAGCUUGAGGCAGAAGUUACAUCGUUGGAGAGGCGCUUAAUUCUUGCUAGUGGAGUUGAGGGCAUUGAAGGUUUCCGCCAAAGAUGGAGCUUGCACGGCCGCCUUACGGAUUCCAAGAAAAGGUUGGAAUUUUUAAAGCGGGGCAUAGAUGUAAGAAAAGUAUGA